CGGUCCGGGGCUCCUCUGCCAGGGUGUGCGGUCGGCCAGAGUGUCACUUGACCCAGUGUCUCGCCAACUCUUCAGCUCAGUUCAGCCCUGUCCUUGGGGAACGGGGGAGGGCGGGAGAGGCUGUUCUGAGACGACAUCAAAAAAGAACUUGUAUUUUUCUGAGAAUAAUGCUCCCAGAAUUUGGGGUGUGCCCGACUCUGGCAAAGGGCGGGACCCCUAGAUGUGCUACCGAGUCAUCCCGCUGCGGGAUUCCGGUGUCCGCUGGGUGAGCGGGAGUGGGUCUGCUGCUGGCCUUUCUUAGCACGCUCGGCUGCUGAGUACUGGCCCCAGGUUUGAGCAUGGCAGAAGGAGACACCUUGGUAUCCGUGGAUUAUGAAGUUUUUGGGAAGGUGCAAGGGGUGUUUUUCCGCAAGUACACUCAGGCUGAAGGUAAAAAGCUGGGAUUGGUAGGCUGGGUCCAGAACACUGACCGGGGCACAGUGCAAGGACAACUGCAAGGUACCAGGUCCAAGGUGCAUCAUAUGCAGGAAUGGCUUGAGACAAAAGGAAGUCCCAAGUCACACAUUGAAAGAGCAAACUUCAACAAUGAGAAAGCCAUCUUAAAGUUGGAUUACUCGGAUUUUCAAAUUGUGAAAUAAUGGCCUGAAUUUAAAUUUUCCAAGAUAGGUCCAGUACUUUUGGGUUUUACUGUUAAUAAACAUAGCACUAUUCUGUGUUCAAUGUGAAAAUUUGUCAGUAAGUUAUUUUAGUAUCAAAUAUUUGCCUGUUAUUGUAUAUUACAUGUACAAUGGAAAGAUUACAGUUAUACAGAGUUC